AUGGACUCACCCGUGCUUUUCGCUUUCUUGGUUCUCUUCUUCACCAUGUUUCUCCAACCCAUUAGAGCUCUACAGUACCCUCAAGAACUCGACACUGAAGUCUACCCUGACCUGGCCGACCUUUUCACUAGCCCGACAGCGUCUGCACCUGAACCAGGAGGUUUCUCAGUCUCUCUAACCCCAACUUCUCCUCCUCCUCCUCCUCCUCUUGUUCCGGCCUUAUUCGUCAUCGGGGACUCCUCCGUCGACUGUGGCACCAAUAAUUUCCUAGGAACAUUUGCUCGUGCCGAUCGUCUUCCUUAUGGACGAGAUUUCGAUACUCACCGACCCACCGGACGGUUCUGUAACGGAAGAAUCCCCGUUGACUAUCUUGCAUUGCGUCUUGGGCUUCCAUUUGUACCUAGUUAUCUUGGGCAGAUGGGUUCUGUUGAAGGUAUGAGUCUUGGAGUGAAUUACGCUUCUGCUGGUGCUGGAAUCAUAUUCUCGAGUGGGUCAGAAUUGGGUCAGCACAUUUCCUUUGCGCAGCAAAUUCAGCAGGUCACAGAUACUACUCAGCUGUUUAUACUGAGCAUGGGCGAGGAUGCAGCAGCUAAGCUCAUCUCUAACUCUAUAUUUUACAUAUCUAUCGGAACAAAUGACUAUAUACAUUAUUAUCUCCGAAAUGUAUCCAACGUGCAAUCUCUAUAUGUACCAUGGAGUUUCAACCAGUUCUUAGCACAGACAAUGAAGCAGGAGAUUAAGAACUUGUACCACUCUAAUGUCAGGAGAGUGGUGGUAAUGGGAUUAGCUCCUAUCGGUUGUGCUCCAUACUAUCUGUGGCAGUAUGAAAGCAAGGAUGGAGAGUGUGUCAAAAUGAUAAAUGACAUGAUAUUGGAGUUCAACUUUGUCAUCAGGCACACGGUUGAGGAACUCAAUCAAGAGCUUAUUGAUGCCAAUGUAAUCUUCUGUGAUGUGUUUGAAGGUUCCAUGGAUAUUAUAAAGAAUCAUGACCUUUAUGGUUUCAAUGUCACAACCGAUGCUUGCUGUGGCUUAGGUAUGUAUAGGGGUUGGAUCAUGUGCAUUUCACCUGAAAUGGCUUGCAUUAACGCGUCCAAUCAUAUUUGGUGGGACCAAUUUCAUCCAACUGAUGCUGUUAAUGCAGUCCUGGCUGACAAUGUGUGGUCUGGCCUGCACACCGAGAUGUGCCAUCCUAUGAACUUGCAGGCUAUGUUAGCUCAGCAGGCCAGAUGA